GAUACGGUGAUAUGGUUCCUUCAUCAGUGGUCGGCAAGGUCGUGGGAAGCAUGUGUGCACUAUGUGGAGUGUUGGUGAUCGCUCUUCCUGUGCCUGUCAUUGUGUCAAAUUUCUCGCGCAUUUACCAACAAAAUCAACGCGCUGAUGAGCGCGCUAAUAGAAAGCGCGUGCAACUUGCCAAUCUUCUAAGGGAGAAAAAGGAGCGUUUGCUCUGGCUGGCGUCGGCAAGCGGAUCAUUGAAAAAUGAAGCAACAGCCGAGUGCGAAAAUGCAAGCAUUAGCUAAAUUGAUUUGGCCAAAUGCUUAUUCCAGUCGAAUUAUACAGAUUGGCCAUGUCCAAUAAGUGA